CUGGAACGGAGUCAGGCAAUCGUCACCGGCAGAAUGCUAUCUUCGUUCGUGGCCCUAGCUCUGUCAAUGAUCUACUUGAACCACAGCUGCAACGCGAAGAAUCUUCCGUCGAUAUCACAUGAAAAUAAUGGUUUGGUUGUCAAUUCAUGGAGGCUGCUCCAGAAUAGUGAAUACAAAAAAGAUGACCUUUUUUGCUUGUCAACCGGUUGUGUGAAAACUGCGGCUUCCUUAAUCAACAACCUGGAUCAAUCAGUAGAUCCAUGUGAUGAUUUCUAUCAGUUUGCGUGUGGUAAUUUUAUAAAAAACACAGUUCUCAAUGAUGGCGAAAUGUCACGAAGCAUAAUGUCAGUGAUUAAUGAUGUAACUAUAAAUCAGAGGCGAAUGAUCGUCAACGAACCCAUUCAACCAGAUGAACUAAGACCGUUCAAGAUGAUGAAAUUACUGUUUAAAUCGUGCAUGGACCUAGAGAAAAUUGAAAAGAUAGGCUUGAGACCAAUGAAGGAAAUGUUGAAGAGCCUCGGCGGAUGGCCAUUGCUGGAAGCUGAGAAUUGGAACGAAUCGAAUUUCAAUUGGAUGGACAGCCUGAACGGUUUUAAAGAAAUAGGCCGGAACAUGGAUUUCUUAAUAAAAUUAAAAAUCACACCAGAUUUAAAAAACCAUACGAAAGCAGCUAUUAACCUGGAACAAGCGUCCUUUGAACUCUCUCACCAGUACCUGGUCAAGGGCACAAACUAUUUAGUUGUGGACGAGUACUACAAGUACAUGGUGGACAUCGCAGUGCUGUUUGGAGCUGACCGGCAGAGGGCCACCGAGGAGCUGAAGGAGUCAUUAGAAUUUGAGGUAGAAUUGGCCAAGAUAUCGAUGCCACUGGAAGAAACAAAUGACUUAUUCAAAAUGUACAAUCCGAUGAAUAUCACCGAUCUACAACAAAAGUUUCCGAGCAUACCAUGGCAAGAGUUUCUUAACAAACUGUUGAAACAAUUCAUACGUCAAGAUGACAUUAUAAUUGUGUCUUCGCCGAAAUACUUUUCGGGUCUUGGAGCACUACUCAGCAAAACGCCCAAAAGGGUCCAAGCAAAUUACAUGAUGUGGAGAUCUGUUAAUGAUGCCGUAAAAUACCUGACUAAAGAACUGAGACAAACAAAGAGUACGUAUAAAAAACGCAUCUUCUCAAUUAAAGAAGUCCCUCGAUGGAAAGAAUGCGCGGAUAUCAGUUUUGAAUUAUUUAAGAUUGCCAUUGGAUCGAUGUACGUUCGACGGUUUUCCAAUGAAAACACUAAAAAUAAUGCUUUAGAAAUGGUGAAGGUUAUAAAAAAGGAAUUAUACAAAAUGCUAUUAUCAAAUGAGUGGAUGGACGAUGAAACAAGGAAAAACGCGAUGGACAAAGCAAAGUUGAUAUUAGAGAAUGAUAUUGCAUACCCCAAUGAAUUAUUGGACAACGGAAAGCUAAAUUCGUAUUAUGAAAAUUUGGAAGUCAACGACCAAGACUUUUAUACAUCAGUAUUGAAUUUGACUAAAUUUAGCACUGACUAUGAGUUUUCGAAAUUAAGGAAACCUGUUAAUAAAUCGGAUUGGGUUCGGAACAGUGGUCUGGUAGCAGAGCCAAAUGCGUUCUAUAUUCCUGAGGAAAACAGCAUCCUGUUUACCGCUGCUUUAUUGAAAGGGUUGUCCUUCUCCAACGAUCUUCCUCGAUACAUGAUUUACAGUUCCAUUGGUUCUAUAAUUGGUCACGAGAUCACUCAUGGUUUUGAUAACUCAGGCAGAAAGUUUGAUCUGCAUGGCAACUUGGCAAAUUGGUGGGCGGAGGAGACGAAUAAACGCUUUUUGGAAAAGGAACAGUGUUUCAUCAGACAGUAUGGAAAUUAUACCAUUAAUGAAGGUCUUAAGGUGAACGGCACUCUGACGCUGGGCGAAAAUAUAGCAGACAGGGGAGGUUUGAAGUUGGCGUAUAACGCGUACAGAGAGUGGGUCAAAGAACAUGGCGUCGAACCACGACUGCCCGGGCUCCAAGAGUACACGCCUCUGCAGAUGUUUUGGUUGAGCAACGCCCAUUUGUCGUGCUCCAAGGAUAGUAUGACAUAUAUAAAUGUUAUUAGAAAAUACGACGGGCAUUCGCCCUCCCGUUUCCGGGUAAUCGGCUCAUUUUCCAACAUUAAAGACUUCAGCGACGACUUCAAGUGUCCUCUAGGCUCCAAAAUGAACCCGGCCAAUAAGUGCCAGUUGUGGUGA